GUGCUGAAAAAGUGUCAAUGAUGGAGGGAGAUUCUGUCACUCUAUACACUGGUGUUCAAACAAAACAACAAGAAGACAUUAAAUGGUAUUUUAAAGACACUCGCAUCGCGCACAUCACUGGAGAUCUCAGUAAGAUUUGUACAGAUGUUCAGUGUAAUGGAGACACUGAGAGAUUCAGAGACAGACUGAAGCUGGAUCAUCAGACUGGAUCUCUGACCAUCACACACACCACAAACAAACACUCUGGACCUUAUCAACUAAAGAUCUUCAGCAGCAGUAAUAGCUUUGAAAAGAUCUUCAGUGUCACCAGUCAGGAUGUUCCUGCUUCAGAACGAGAUGAAAUGAAGAGAAAGUCAGUGAUGGAGGGAGAAUCUGUCACUUUAGAUCCUGCUGUAAAUAAAAACCCAAAUGAUGUGAUGAUGUGGUAUUAUAAUGACACUCGUUUAGCUGAAAUCACUGGAGAACCCAGUAAGAUCUGUACAGAUGUUCACAGUGAUGAGAGAUUCAGAGACAGACUGAAGCUGGAUCAUCAGACUGGAUCUCUGACCAUCACACACACCACAAACACACACUCUGGGGAAUAUACACUACAGAUCAACAGCAGCAGCUUCAGCAUCAAAAGGAGUUUCACUGUUUCUGUCACGGAUGUUCCAGAUUCAGGUCUGUCUUCAGGAGCUGUUGUAGGAAUAUGUGUUGCUGUUGGUGUUAUUCUACUGCUGCUGGCUCCUGUGAUUUAUUGGAAGCGAAGAAGUAAAGACACCGGAAUACGGCGCAGUGAUCGGGCGAAUGGUGUUAACUGCCUGAUGAGUGAUUCCAGUCACACGUCCUCUACUCAGACUGAACAGAUUUAGGGUGAACAUAACCAAUGGCUUGUCUCUGAAUAAGGUUGAGAUUGAGCUUGAAUCUCGCCGGGCGACAUCAAUGAAACAUGAAUUAUUGAAGAAUGUGAAGAGGAGAUGGGGAAACGAGAGGUUUUUGUUUCAUUUUUAUUUUAAAUCGUUUUCAAGAUAUCAAGAUUUCAGUAGUUUGUACCAAUUUAUUGGCAAAACAAAGUUAACUAAUAAUUUAACCCCAAAACCGUAUUCUGGACAAAUGUGCGCAAAAUAGUUUUGAU